AUGAUGAAGCCUACAUACUCUUAUUUUCCUGGGUAUCAUGUGUUCUUCAUCUUCCUGCAAAUAAUAUUAACUUCAGAGAAUCUGAUGGUGACGACUCCCACUGGACAUGUGGUGGCUAGAGUAGGAGGCCAGGCUGAGCUCAGCUGCCAGGUGACUCCACCACGCAGUGUGGCAUAUAUGGAUGUGCGCUGGUUCAGGGAAGACAAAUCUAAACUUGUUUAUCAGUACAGAGGUGGCCAUGGAGUGGAUGGAGAAGCUGCUCCUGAAUAUGUGAAGCGCACAGAAUUUGUGAGUGAGGCCAUUGGAAAGGGCAAAGUGGCCCUCCGAAUUCAUAACAUCAGCAUUUUCGAUGAUGGGCCUUACCAAUGUUCAUUUAAUGAUAGUGGCUUUAGUGAUGUGGCCUUCAUGAACCUCAGUGUGGCUGCAUUUGGAUUGAAGAUGCAAAUCAAUGUUCAGAGUUUUGGAUAUGAUGGCAUCAUUCUGGAGUGUUCUUCAGUAGGGUGGUUCCCCCGGCCCCAAAUGGAGUGGAAAGACAAUAAUGGGAAUGUAGUUCCAUAUUCUUCAAUAUCAUACUCUCAGAAUGAAGACAGAUUUUUCUUCAUGAAAAUUACUCUUCUCCUUAGAAACCAGUCACAGGAAAGUAUCACAUGCUGUGUUCAUAAUCCUCUAACGGGUGAAGAGAAGCAAACCAGUCUUAUCAUAGCAAAUGCCCUGUUUGAUGAGAACUACAUAAAAUAUUUAAUUUUCAUUUUCCUUGGAAUAUCGAUUUGUUUAUGUUUAUUUUACCUUUUAAUUUUAUAUCUCAUGAACUCAGCCUUCUCCAUAACAAUCAUAUCUCAUUACCUGCAACUUCGGAACAGAGUUUUCAUUUCAGAUCCCUUAUAUUCCUUGUACAAUAGCUGGAUGGAGAAUAUGGCAGUAGUGAUAGUAUUUAUUGUUUCACUACAAACAAUGGUCCGACCUGUACAAUUACAGAGAGAACUAACAGAUGGCGGGGAGAGGGAUAAAGGGAGAGAUCUGCCCUCAAAGUGUAUGUUUCGUUCAAAGUCUGAAGAAUAA